GAGCGCUCGGGGGCGGCCGCCGCGCUCCUCCCCGUGCCGGUCCCGGCGAGCGAGGCCUGUGCCCAGGCCGGGUUGUGCCGGGCGGGCAGCGGUAUCGGCGAGGAGGAGGAGGAGGCGGCGGUACCGGCGAGUCGGGGCCCGGCCCGGCCCAGGGCGCUGGGCAAGAUGCCGGGCGGGCGAGUAUGCGCUGCCUGCGGCUGCUCGGAGAUCGAGGUGGACGCGGCGCGGGGGGACGCGGUGUGCACGGGCUGCGGCUCGGUGCUGGAGGACAACAUCAUCGUGUCCGAGGUGCAGUUCGUGGAGAACAGCGGCGGCGGCUCCUCCGCCGUGGGGCAGUUCGUGUCUCUGGACGGUGCAGGCAAAACACCGACUUUAGGAGGAGGAUUCCACGCCAAUUUGGGAAAGGAGUCACGAGCACAGACUCUACAGAAUGGGAAACGUCAGAUUCACCACUUGGGAAACCAGCUUCAACUCAAUCAACAUUGUCUGGAUACUGCCUUUAAUUUUUUCAAGAUGGCUGUGAGCAAGCACCUUACCCGCGGGAGGAAGAUGACCCACGUGAUUGCUGCGUGUCUCUACCUGGUGUGUAGGACAGAAGGAACUCCUCACAUGUUACUUGACCUCAGUGACCUUCUUCAGGUGAAUGUCUAUGUGCUGGGAAAAACUUUCCUUCUGUUGGCCAGAGAACUCUGCAUAAAUGCUCCAGCCAUAGAUCCAUGUUUGUAUAUUCCUCGCUUUGCACACAUGCUGGAGUUCGGGGAUAAGAACCACGAGGUGUCCAUGACGGCUCUCAGGCUGCUGCAGAGGAUGAAGCGGGACUGGAUGCACACCGGCCGCCGGCCCUCGGGGCUCUGCGGAGCAGCUCUGCUAGUGGCAGCAAGAAUGCAUGAUUUCCGACGUACUGUUAAAGAGGUCAUCAGGGUGGUCAAGGUUUGUGAGUCUACAUUAAGGAAAAGGUUGACAGAGUUUGAAGAUACACCAACAAGUCAGCUAACCAUAGAUGAGUUUAUGAAGAUUGACUUGGAAGAAGAAUGUGACCCUCCUUCAUUUACAGCUGGUCAAAGAAAACUGAAGAUACAGCAGCUUGAGAAGGCGCUAUCAAAAAAGCUGGAGGAUUUUGAAGGUGAAAUAUCGAGCUAUCAAGAUGAAAUAGAGAUUGAAUUAGAAAACAGUAGACCAAAAGCAAAAGGUGUAUUUGCAAAUUUCACUAAAGAUGAUUCUAUAGAAGAUAAUACCUCUAGCGUACUUGGAGAGGAGGAGGCGGAGGAUGAAGAACUGGAAGCAGCUGCUAAUCACUUAAACAAGGACUUUUGUAAUGAACUUCAUGAGAAGGAUGGAGUUAAAAGAAAUGAAGACGGGGGAUGCAAAAAUGGAAAUCAAGCUUUUGUAAGACCUCCUGCCCUGGAAUCCUUGCUUGGCCCGCUCCCCACCGCAGCUAGUCUUGGCAUAACAGAAUCCAUAAAGGAAUGUAUCUCCACUAAGGACCAGGAGCCUGAUGAAAAUACAGGAGAUGGUGAAUUAGAUCUGAGUGGGAUCGACGACAAUGAAAUCGAUCGGUAUAUACUUAACGAAACAGAAGCUCAGAUAAAAGCAGAGCUGUGGAUGAAAGAAAAUGCAGAUUAUUUGAAGGAACAGAAAGAAAAGGAAGCAAGAAUAGCAAAAGAGAAAGAACUUGGGAUUUAUAAGGAACACAAGCCAAAGAAAUCUGCAAAGAAGCGGGAGCCAAUUCAAGCCAGCACAGCAGGAGAGGCAAUUGAAAAGAUGUUAGAACAGAAGAAAAUCUCGAGUAAAAUUAAUUAUAAUGUGCUAAGGGACCUGAACAGCAAAGGAAGUAACACACCAAAGAAAGAGGAUGACAGCACUGAUGACAGCACCAACACCAAGAAGCUGUCAAGAAGAAAAUCUAUUGCCAGUAGGAGUAUAGCCAACCCUGUAAACAGUGUGGGAAAAAGAUUAAGACCCUUGAUUUCAACACAGCUCGCCAAAAAGGCUAAAAAGGCUGCCACUGAAGAGAUGACCUUCCCAAAUGCACAGGCAGAAGCCCCUGACGUAGAAAAAACAGCAGCUGUGCUAGUGGAGAGUGGCCCAGUAGCUUACAACGCUGAUGAAGAGGUGGAAGAGGAAGAAAUAGAAGAGGAUGAUGAUCACUGCAUGAGCGCCUUGCAGUUAAUGGGAGGAAAUGAUUAUGGCUGUGAUAUGGAGGAUGAUGAUGGCUACUAGUUCCAUUUACUUCCAAAGGACAUGGACUAUGUCUUUUUCCCAGCAAAUCUUCAGUCUUCAAACUGUAUGAAUAGUGAAAGAAGCUGUCUAUGGUCAGCAAAUGUAAUUGAACAAUCGUUACUUUUGUAAAGCGAAUUUUAGGUUGGUAUUGACUCUGGUCAGUUUACAUUGACCCAUAACCCAGCAAUAAAGUUUGGGUUUGUACUUGAAUUUUUUUUUUCAUUUUGGUGGGUCAUAGUUUGAGGAUGAAAUUAAUGGGAGUGAUGCUUCCAGAGAACUAAAGAAAAGAGACAAAAUAGGCUUGUGUCUGUGUGGCUGAAAGCAACAUGUCUUAUUUAUGUGACUCUGCUUUUAGGCAUGCUGUUGAAAGGGAGCAGAUAGAAGGACAGGUAGAAGGACAGGGAAAAAUGAGAAGUGUGCCUGUUGAUUAUUUGAAUAUAGUAGCAUUAGUUGUCCCAUGAUGCUACAACCGAAAGAAAGAAAACAUUUCCAACCUGUAUUGUAAACAUGACCCAGUUAUUGUAUACAGGCUACUUUACCCAAGGCUAUCAAAAAUUAAUGACAAGUUAUGUAUUUUCAGGGCAGUAUCUAUUUCUCUGAAAUGAAAUAGUUCUUUAUGUUAAUCAAUUCAUAGAUUUCUUAAAAGGUAUGACAAUAGAAGGCCACGUUAGCAGUGAAGAAUCAUCUUCCACUGCCAGUCUGGUGCGGUUUACAUGGAAGGAGGGAGAACACCUGGGUGAGGCAAGAAGUAUAGAGAGCAAGGAGGUGAUGAUGCUGAGCUCCUGUGCCUUUGCCGGGUGUCCCCAGGGACAGCCAGGUCUUGCUUUGGCUGGUGUUGCUGCAGGAGGGUCCCUCCGGCCAUGGCCACGGCGCUGCUCUUGUCCGGCUGAGUCACAGUGCAGGUCUGCUCCCGAGAGCUGCCCUUCCAAAGCAGUCGGAAGGGAAAGCUGAGCUUUUAAAUAAAUAAGCUAGCAUCUGCUUUGGCUGAAUUUAAUUGAAUGUAACUUAUUUAACUUUCAAAUCCCACCCUCCAACAGUCACUGCUAUGUGGAUAAUGGUGGAGCUCCAGCCCUGUGCGCCCCGCAAAGCCAAUAAAUGGAUCCUUCUCAUCCAGUUCCAUCAGUUCUCGCAGUGCCGUGGGAGUCAGGGUCAGGGAUGGAGCCCCCUUUGCCAUAUUCCAGUGCCAGUUGCCAUCCCCUGUUGCCUUGACCUGCCUUUCCCUGGCUCCAAGGCGCUCGGCUCACCGGGAAAUGCACUGCGCUCCAGAUCAUGGUCUGGCUGACCGCAGCUGCAGGAGAUAAGAUGUUUUCAGCUCUCUCCCAUGCCUGGUGACAAUCAUGAAAGCUGUAUCCCUGCAGGCUUGUCUUACACCAGGGAAAGACGGGUGUUUUUCUUACCAGCCAGUGAUGAUGCUGCUCAUGCCUGUGGUCAUCACCAAAGAGGAGAAGGGCCAGGUGACCUUCCAUAUCUCUUCUUUCCCUGUGAAAGAUGGAUCAUGUAAAGAGGACAAGAGCGAGUGCUUUUUUUCAGGAGCAGACUUGAUAUUAUUUGGCUGGUAAAUGUAGUUUGCUGGGUAGAUUGUAUCUGCUGGAUAUUUUUGAGCCCUGUGCAAGGGUAUUUCUGCAAUGAAUUCUUGAAAGCAGAACUUAGUAACAAAAAUGAAGUAGCGAGGCUAAUGGGAAGAAGAGCUCUUCUGAACCAGAUUUCAGUUACUUAGCUUGCAGCAUGUCAGUGGAAAGGUUCCAUAUAAUUCAUAGGGGAAAAGCUGGCGUUUUCGCUGAAAAUCCCUAGAUUGUUAUCUGAUACUUUCUAAAUACUGCACAGAAAAUGAUACUGAGGAGAUAAACCUUUCUACCUCUCUUUUAUCUACACCAUAAAUUCAAAAUCAUGCUAUAAGCAGACAAAUUUUUAAAAAGUAGUUUGUUUUAUCGAAGUUCAUGCUCUGCAAGUCUUUGAGACAGUUGAGUUUGAGCUUUGGGGUUUGAAUUAAUCUGCCAAUAGGGUUUGAAUUAAUCUGCCAAUAGCACUAUCACAAAUACCCAUAAUACUCUCAGUAUAUUCUCAAACCUCGGGUUUUAUUUCAAGGUACACAUUAUUCUCUAUGCAGGAAAUAAACAGGCGUAAAUAAACAUCUGUAUGACUCACGUAGGUCGAGUGCUUUUCUCAAAUGCAUGAUGUUGGCUCUUAAAGAAACUGCUAAGAUGAAUUAUUUAUUGCUGAGGGUCUUUCCUCCAGUCUUCGUGUAGAUUUUCAUUGGUUUGUUCCUCCGAAGGAUACUAAACCUACUGCCAUGUACUGAUGUUAUGAGCAGGAGCUGAGAAUCCACCCAAAUAACUACUGCUAGUAAAUUCGAAUUUCAGUAGCAUGUUGGGUUUCUGAGAACAUUGUUUCCUGCGCUGGAAGCAGAGGAUUGCAGUUUUUGAAUGCUCUCAUGUGAUUUGGUUAGGAAAGGCUAUCGCAUAGUCUGCUAGAAGGGCACUUGGAGAGCGAAAAAAUAAAGACCUCCAAUUCCAUAGCAUCUCAGUAUUGCUGGUGAAGUUAAUGACGUGGUUUCUGUACAGGAGUCCUAAAGGACAGGCCAUGGUAGGGGAUAGUCAGACUUCACUCGGAGUGUUGUGAGGUUUCUUAAGCUAUAGUGGUUAUGUGCAUUUUUAAUUUAUUGGUGGCUUACCGGGAUUUUUAUAAUGUUCAUUCCUUCUUGAUUUAACUAAGCUCAGGAAAUGUAAACAGAUUAGAACAUGCUAGUUUCUGUUUUUAUAGCUAGUCAUUAAAACGUAAAAAGAUUAACACUGCAUUAACUCUGUUUACUGCUGUUGAUGUAUCUGGACGAUUUUGUUGUAUAUAAGUGAGCCUAAAUUCACUUGGAGUAAUUUGGACCCUGCUUUUCUCAGGAUUCUGAUUAUAAUAAAGAGAGCUCGUAAGGCCUCAACAUUUGUUGUUCUUAGCUCUUCGUAUUUGAACCCACACAAGCUGUGUAUCAUCGGUUUUGUUGCAUAAAGCAUGUCUCUUGCUGCAAGUCACUUUGCUUGACAGGCAAAACCCUCCAGCUGUCGCAUCCAGCUUGUCUGCCAUGCAGCCUUUUAACACUUUUAUAUUGUGGGAGUAAAAAAUGAAAGAAAUAAGGAAAAUAAUGUGAUUCUUCACUAAUGUGAGUGCAUUUUCAGUGUCUUAAUCAUCUAUGACAUUUCUUUAAAAUCACUGUGUUCAGCAACUUUUAAAUGGUGCCAGACAGCCUUGUCUUGAGGCUUGAACAUGUUUGUCGAAAAAGUUCUUGCCAUCCUGAUGGCUUGUUUGUAUUCUUUGGAUUGCAUUGAAACUCCAGUCACAGAUGUGUACAGUCAAUGUAGAGUUUGCCUAAUAAACAUUCUGUUUCUUAUUUUUGUGUUUAGUUCAGCUAGUGCCAAGGAAAUGAAACCUGUUUGAUGUAAGCAUAGGUAUCAUCCUUACACAACCACAAUAUGAGCCAUGUUAAGCUUUUUUACUGUAAUAUAUUUGCUGUAAAUAAAAAGUAAAACCCUUGCAAAGCCCA